AUGGCACCGGCCGCGACGACGACGGCGGCGGCCCCGGCGUGCUGCCCGAGCUGCGGCUUCGACAUUGGCGCCGGGAACAGCAGCAGCAGUACCAGCGACGCCGCGCAACAGGAGGACCUGCUCGCCGCCCAGGCGCGCAUCCAGGAGCUCGAGUCGCAUGUCCGCCAGCUGAACCAGAAGGCUACCGCGGCGGUCGAGCGCUGGGCUGGGUACGAGGCAGAGCUGGCGAAGCUGCGCUCUCAGCAACAACGACAACAGCAGCAGCAACAACAGCAGCGUGCGACACCCGCGCCUCUCGCCCUUCCCGGUCCGGCCACGACAUCGGCGUCACCCCCCGGCGCCGCGGUAGUCAGUCCCACGCGCACCUCCUUCCUGCAGUCCGCACCAGGCCGGCUCUCCGCGCUGCUCUACCCGCGCAAGUCAACGCCCAACCUCCGCGGCGGCGACGUAACUCCCGGUCCCGGCUCCCCCACUACCGCCACACCGACGAGCGGCGGCACGACGACUACGGUCGCUUCGACGACGGAGGGCCUGCUCGAGGCGCUGACGCGGGAGCAGGCGCUGCGGCGCGAGGCCGAGGGCCGCCUCAGCGCCACGAGCCGCGAGGUCGAGGAGCUGAGCGUGAGCCUCUUCGAGCAAGCCAACGAGAUGGUGGCCGAGGAGCGGCGCGCGCGCGCGCGCCUCGAGGAGCGCGUCGGGGAGCUGGAGCGCCGCGACGCGGAGAAGCGGAGGCGCCUCGAGAGGCUGGAGGGCGCCAUGGGACGCAUCGAGCGAGUUAGGAACCUCUUGCAGGAGAGCGGCGACGGGCCGUCAUGA